AAAAUUACUCUCUAAUGAUGAAUUAUAAAUUUAAAUCUACGUUUAACAAAUAUUUAUAAUACAAAUGCACAUCGAAAAUUUCAUCGUUCUAAGUUUAACUGUUGUGAAGUGUAGAUCGGAAGAAAACUUACAAUAAAUUUCACAAAUUACUCAAAAUGUUUGGAAUUUAUUUCAUAUUUUUGAUAUUUUUUACUUGCUUUUAUUUCUUGAAAAAACAUUAUCGUCAGUUACAACUAACUGGUCAAUUUAAUGGACCACCUGGACUACCAAUAAUUGGAAAUGGAUUAGAGUUGGUCAAUAAAUCUCCGAUUGAAUUUAUCAAAAUAAUCGAAGAUUAUAUAGGAAAGUAUGGAAAAUUCAUUAGAAUUUGGCUUGGUAAUCAACUUGUCUUCUUUAUGACUGAUCCGAAGGAUAUCGAGGUCGUCUUGACAAGCAUGCAGUUGCUUUCAAAGUCCACUGAAUAUGAUUUUUUAAAACCGUGGCUUAAUACCGGCCUUUUAACUUCAACUGGACAAAAGUGGGUGAAACGAAGAAAAGUUUUAACGCCAGCGUUUCACUUCAAAAUUCUUGAUGAUUUUAUUGAAGUUUUCGACAAACAAAGUUCUAUUCUUACUGAGAAUUUAAGAAAGCUUCAAGGUCGUGGAAAAUUCAAUAUAUUUCCUAUAACUGCGCUAUGCACACUUGAUAUUAUUGGAGAAACUGCCAUGGGGAUUUCUUUCAACUCUCAGAGUGACAACAAUUCAUCUUACAUUAAAAAUGUUAAUGAACUUGCGGAUAUUAUUCAUCGAAGAUCUUACGAUUUUAUUUCACGUUACGAUAUUCUUUUCAAGUUCACACCAACGUAUCGCCGACAACAAGAGUUAAUUAAAUUGCUACAUGACUUCACAGACAAGGUUAUCGUUGCACGCCGAGAAAAAUUAAAAAACAAACCAGUUUCUCAGCAAACAGACGAUACUAAUGAUAUCGGAACAAAGAAGAAAAUGGCUUUGCUAGAUUUAUUACUUCAAGCGACAGUUGACGGAAAACCUUUGACGAAUGAGGAUAUUCGUGAAGAAAUCGAUACAUUCAUGUUUGAGGGCCAUGAUACAACAAAUAGUGCUAUUGCAUUUACACUCUAUAAUAUUGGCAAAUACAAAUACGUGCAGCAAAAAUGUUUUGAUGAAAUUAAACGCGUGAUUGGAGAUGAUCGGAACAAACCGAUAACAAUGAAAGAAUUAAAUGAAUUAAAAUAUUUGGAGCUUGUUAUCAAAGAAACAUUGCGAUUAUACCCUUCAGUGCCAUUGAUUGGAAGAGAAGUUGUUGAGGAAAUGAAAAUAAAUGAGAAGAUUAUUCCUAAAGGUGCAAAUUUGAUCAUAGGCCCAUAUUUUAUGGCACGAGAUCCUGAAAUUUGGACUAAUCCCCUUGAAUUUAUUCCGGAAAGAUUUGAUACCGAGACAACGGCUGAUAAGCUAAACCCAUACGCUUAUAUUCCUUUCAGUGCAGGCAGUCGAAACUGUAUUGGACAAAAAUUUGCUAUGCUUGAAUUAAAGUCAACAGUAUCAAAAAUGUUGCGUCAUUACUUUAUCAGCUUACCCAGAAAUUACCAGCCGGAAGAUUGUCUGGAAAUCGUAAUUAAAUCUAAAAACGGUGUGAUGAUUCAAUUAGAUGAACGAGUUUAUUAAUGAGGAAACAGAUAAAUUCAUUGAAAAUUGUUUUUAUUAAUAUUCUGUUAAUUUAGGUAAUUUUUACACUCAGGAUUUUACGAGACAGUGCUCAAUUAAUUAUUUUUAAAUAUUCUGUUAGGUAUUUUAUUUAAUUAAUAAUCUUCAUUUAUUGGAAGACGCUGUACGUGUCAUAGCUUUGUUUUAUGAACAAGAUUUAAAUAAGAAUUCGAGACAUUAGAAGCUAAUUUUAUUUUCAUCAUUCUAUUGAAUUUCAAGAUGAAAAAAAAUUAACGUAUCUCGGGUGGAGNGAAAACUGCAUAAGUUUCGUUCCACAUCAUUGACGAAGCGACAUCAUCAAAAGAAUUUAUUUUUUAACCAUUAUUAGGUCUGUGACCCGAAACGUGAAGGUGUGUGUAAUGAUAGAAAGUAAAAGGAAUUAACUAUAA